GCCUCUACCGCGUUCCCGGCAGCCUCCGCCGCUGGGCGGCCGGCUGCGGCGCAAGAUGGCGGCGGACAGCGACCCCGAGUCGGAGGUGUUCGAGAUCACGGACUUCACCACCGCCUCCGAGUGGGAGAGAUUUAUUUCGAAAAUAGAAGAAGUGUUGAAUGACUGGAAACUUAUUGGGAUUUCUUCAGGCAAACCCCUAGAUAAGGGUAUAUUUACCACAGGGACUUGGGAAGAGAAAUCGGAUGAAAUUUCAUUUGCAGACUUCAAAUUCUCAGUUACCCACCAUUAUCUUGUGCAAGAACCCAGUGACAAAGAUGGGAAGGAAGAGCUGGGAGAAGAUGCCCUUCCUCUGCCAAUGCAGGACUUGCUGUGCAUGAGCAAUGACUUUCCUCCUCGAGCCCACUGUCUGGUGAGAUGGUACGGCUUACGUGAGUUUGUGGUUAUUGCUCCAGCUGCAAAUAACGAUGCUGUUGUUAGUGAAUCCAAGUGUAACCUCUUGCUGAGUUCCAUUUCCAUUGCACUGGGCAACACUGGCUGUCAGGUGCCGCUGUUUGUGCAGAUCCAUCACAAGUGGCGCCGGAUGUACGUGGGGGAGUGCCAGGGCCCGGGCGUUCGCACGGACUUCGAGAUGGUUCACCUGCGCAAGGUGCCCAGCCAGUACACCCACUUGUCAGGGCUGCUGGACAUCUUCAAAACCAAGAUUGGCUGCCCUUUAACACCUCUGCCUCCAGUUAGCAUCGCUAUUCGGCUUACCUUCGUGCUCCAGGACUGGCAGCAGUACUUCUGGCCGCAGCAGCCACCAGAUAUAGAUGCUCUAGUUGGGGGAGAAGUUGGAGGCCUGGAAUUUGGGAAGUUGCCAUUUGGUGCCUGUGAAGAUCCUAUUAGUGAGCUGCAUUUGGCUACAACGUGGCCUCACCUCGCAGAAGGGAUAAUUGUCGACAACGAUGUUUAUUCUGACCUGGAUCCGCUUCAAGCACCCCAGUGGUCUGUGAGAGUUAGAAAAGCAGAUAACCCUCAGUGUCUGUUGGGUGACUUCCUUACUGAAUUCUUCAAGCUUUGCCGUCGGAAGGAGUCAACGGAUGAGAUACUCGGAAGGUCUGCAUUUGAUGAGGAAGGAAAAGAGGUGGCAGAUAUCAGCCACGCGCUGUCCAAGCUCACGGAGCCAGCCCCGGUCCCGAUCCCCAAGCUGUCAGUCACAAACAUGGUUCACAGUGCCAAGAAAAAGAUCCGCAAGCACAGAGGCGUGGAUGAGUCUCCUCUGAACAAUGAUGUGCUCAACACCAUUCUCCUGUUCUUAUUUCCUGAUGCUGCUGACAAACUUGCAGAUGUGUUUGAAAACAGAGCCAGCACUUCAGCAGGAAACAAUCCUCCUCCAGAGAAUGAAGAUUAUAAUCUCUUCAGUCAGUUUAAGUCUGCUCCAUCUGACAGUCUGACAUACAAAUUGGCUUUAUGUCUUUGUAUGAUAAACUUCUACCAUGGAGGAGUCAAGGGAGUGGCACAUCUUUGGCAAGAGUUUGUGCUGGAAAUGCGUUACAGAUGGGAGAACAACUACCUUAUUCCAGGAUUAGCGAAUGGCUCUCCAGAUCUGAGGUGUUGUUUACUGCAUCAGAAACUUCAGAUGCUCAAUUGUUGCAUUGAAAGGAAGAAAGCAAGAGAUGAGGGGAAAAGGGGGAGCAUGUCUGAUCGUUCACCUGGUGGUACUUCUGGUGAUGGUGCCAAAGGAGGAGACCACUCUGGAGACAACCCUGACAAGGAAAAAGAAUUUGGCAAGUCUUGGGAAUCGUGGAGUGACAGUGAGGAGGAAUUUUUUGAAUGUCUUAGUGACACAGAAGAUCUUAAAGGAAAUGGACAGGAAAAUGGCAAGAAAGGAGCAAAAGAGUCUGUAAACUUAAAACCAGAAGGCCGUUUGCAUCCACAUGGAAAACUGAUGCUGCUGCAUCCAGGAGAGCCUCUCUAUGUUCCAAUAACACAGGAGCCGGCCCCCAUGACUGAGGACCUGCUGGAGGAGCAGUCGGAGGUGCUGGCCAAGCUGGGGACGUCUGCCGAGGGCGCUCACCUGCGGGCGCGCAUGCAGAGCGCCUGCCUGCUCUCCGACAUGGAGUCCUUCAAGGCAGCUAAUCCUGGCUGUUGCCUGGAGGAUUUUGUGAGGUGGUACUCGCCUCGGGACUACAUCGAGGAGGAAGUGGUUGAUGAGAAGGGGAAUAAAGUCAUCAGGGGCGAGCUGAGCGCCCGCAUGAAGAUUCCCAGCAACAUGUGGGUGGAGGCCUGGGAGACAGCAAAGCCAGUGCCAGCACGGAGGCAGAAGAGGCUCUUUGAUGACACCAGGGAGGCUGAGAAGGUGCUUCAUUACCUUGCAGUUCAGAAACCAGCUGACCUUGCAAGGCAUCUCCUGCCUUGCAUCAUCCAUGCAGCUGUACUCAAGGUAAAGGAGGAAGAAGCACUAGAAGAUAUAUCUUCAGUUAAGAAGAUUAUUAAGCAGAUAAUAUCCCAUUCCAGCAAAGUGCUACGUUUUCCCAGUCCAGAGGACAAGAAGUUGGAAGAAAUAAUUGCUCAGAUUAUGAGUGUGGAAGCCAUCAUUGCCAGGGCAAGGUCUCUCAAAGCAAAAUUUGGGGUAGAGAAAUGUGAAAAUGAAGAGGAGAAAGAAGAUCUACAAAGGUUUGUAAACAGUCUCCUGGAGCAGCCAGAAGUGUCAGUUGUGGGUGCAGGAAGAGGACCUGCUGGCAGCAUCAUUCACAAGCUGUUUGUGAAUGCUCAGAGGUCUCUAGGGAAGAUGUGUCUGCAAAUCUGAACCUGCCAAGCAGCCACCCUUACAGCCUCCCCUGUAAAGCCUCAGACUGUGCCCUGUAAGUGAUGCACACACAUGCACUUGCUUCUCUCAGAGAGGCAGUGUGUUUUCAGAUCUGAGUAAGUUUGUACCCUUAGGAUGUGUGCAGAUUCCUAGGGUUUUGUUUUGAAACACCACUAGCUGAAGCAGGUUACAGGUAUUUCCCACCAGUAUCUGGUCAGUGUUAAUUAAAGUUUCUUAGUGGGACAGGAACCAACUUGCUGCAAAGCCCACUUUGUGUUUAACCUGCCAUGAGUUAUUUCAGUAGAGAGCUGUUUGGUAAAUGAAGUGAAAUGAGUUCCUUGUUCGUUACCUUUUGAACCUGGCCUCCUCUCUGAGCUGUGUAUAAUGUGUUCUGUUGAGUUUUCUCAGGAACAUUCUGAUAGCCAUUGCAUGUUCUUGGAGUGCAUGAUGUCUCUUAAACCUACAGUCUCCUCCUAACCUCUUGUAAGUCACCUCUGACUUGCCUUUGUUUCUGUCUUUCAUCACUGGUUCUUUUCUCAUCCCUUUCCAAGCUGACUGAAUCUUCUGAUGAGGUAACCGACUUUGUCCCUCCUUUCCCUCUCAUCUUCUCUGCAUAGACCUGAACCUUAUGGUAGAUAAAGUGCAGCAGCCAGAUUUAGUUUGUACUGGUGUUCACAUGUGGAGCAUAGAAAUAACUUUGUGUUUCCAGAAUGGUUUUUCUGCAUUCACACUUUAUUUUUAGAGCCUAAUAAUGCAUAGUGAAAAGAGAUAGAAAUGUUUAAUUAAAAAGAAGACAACUAAAAAAAACCUUCUCAAAAUGAAAAAAGCAACCAAACAAGAAACAUUUCUUCAAGUGAGUAUUGAUGUUUUCUGAUGCUGAAAUAUGUGGCCAUGCCUUUAUAUUCUUUGUUGCCACCACUGUUUGUUGAUGUUUUGGGAGGAGGUGGUGAUGAACAAUUAGCUGGAUGCUGCAUUCCCAACACUUGUGCUUCCUGAAGCUAUGGAACGUUUUGGACACAGAUAUUUGGGAAAGAAGCAGGGUAACUAUGUAAAGUGUAGCACAGAGAUGCUCUCUGCUGGUUUCCUGUUCUUGUGGGAGCCACACCUCAGUACAUGCCUGAAUUAGGAAGGAGGCUAUGAGGGUUGGUGAGGGCGUGUAUCCAUCGGUGUGUGCAAUUAGGGAAUGUUUAUUGGGCGUGCCAGCCCUUGCUCCCGUCUCCAGGCAUCGCUGCCUGGUCUGAGGCAGCGAGCAGCUGCUGGGAUGGUGCAGUCUCGCUCUGCAGAGUGAUUUCAGCCAGGCUCUCUGGCCAUGAAAAGCCCAUCCUGCAGCGGUGUUGGAGUCUGGAAGGCAGGUGCCUGUCAGGACUGCUCUAGCGGCACUGACGAUUUUGGAGUGGAGGCUGCCGUGGCCUCCUGUAGCUGCAGGGAGCCGAGGAGAGCACCCUGCUUGAGAAGGGGCCAUUUCCUCCGGUCACAGCCUUGCUUCACAGGGCCAGACAUCAGGAACUUCAGCUAGGCAGAGCUUCACCACGCACACGAGGCUUCUUCCAUCCGGUUAGCGCGCUUGAUUUCCUAGCAUCCCAUUAGCGCUUUGCCGUGUGUGCACAUAAAGCCUCUCGCUGCGUUCCCCGUGUCUAAUCCUCCUCUGAGCACCGUUCCCCGCCGUUAGCAGCAGCGUGCCCC